CCGCGGUGCGCCGAUCAACGUGAUCGCACGCCUGCCCCUGGCCUGCCCUCGUGCACAACAAGAUGUACCCCUCUCGCAGGGAGGGGGAGCGGGGGGCAGUCGCGCGAUUCCAAAUUGGCAACAACUUUUCGCCGCCGCAUCUCUUGGUCUCGAUUUAUAGCUAAAUAAGCGCACGGCGAAUCGCGAACGGCACCAGUCGACUCGCGCGUCCCUCCUCGCUCGCUCCCUGCUCGACCAUUGUGACGCACAAGGGCACCAUUCUGGAGAGGCACCUGCUGCUGGGCCCCAGCGGCGGGCCCGACCAGCCCCAGCAGGUCCUCUCCUUCGCGCGUCCCGCGUUCGUCGCCGCCUUGGCCGCCAAGACCAAGAGGAAGAGACUCUUGAAGGAGGAUCCAAUGUCGCACAGAAUUAUUGAGAAGCGGAGACGCGACCGCAUGAACAAUUGCCUUGCGGAUUUGUCGCGCCUCAUCCCCGCCGAGUACCUGAAGAAGGGGCGCGGAAGAGUGGAGAAAACGGAGAUAAUUGAAAUGGCCAUCAAGCACAUGAAGCACUUGCAAGCGCACGCAUGCAACCACAUGGGACCUGAUUCGUCAGAUCCUGGAGCGCAAGACUCUCAAGCACAAGGUCAAAUGGGUGCCGCCGCAUCAGCCGUGGAGCACUACCGCCUCGGCUACCAGGAGUGCCUCUCCGAGACAAUGCAUUUCCUCGUUGAAGUUGAGGGCUACUUUGCCGGCGACUCAAUUUGCGUGCAACUGAUCAAUCACUUGCAGGAGCACUGCGAGAAAAUUGUCAAAGGCGAUCGCUUAAACUUCUCCAGACAUUUACGGAGUGAAACUUCUUCCAGUAGUUCCCGCGGCUACUCUGGUUACAGCGGCGGACCGAGCUCUACCAGUUCUGGCUCGGACAGCGGCGGCAACGGCCAUAGCUCUAGCAGCAAAGAAAACGUUGCUUGCAAUUCAGAGUGGAGAAGACAAGUAGAAGAAUCGCCGUCCCUGAUUCCAGUGUCAAUGACCCCUAACCAGUCCCUGCCACCUCCACCACCCCCACAGUCGGCGUGCUCGGAGCAGGCGGACAGUCCUUCCCCGAACAGUGACGCAGGCAGCGACGCGGCUGCCUCCAACACAAGCAGCCAGCUUCGCGAAAUGCUGACCAGCGCCGCGUGCACGCCCCCAAGCGGCCUCCAGAGGCGGUCAUCGGAGAACUCGGCCGCGGACGCCAGCGGCCUGUACAAGUUCAAGAACAACAUCAAGCAGCGCUUCACGGCCGAGCACCACCAUGACGCCGAGUCAAAACGGCGCAGACUGAUGGUGUCUGGGGAUGGGUCGGAGGCGGCCGCCCCCGCCUCUGUGGUGGUCAAGCUGCGGGACAGCGUAGACUCGCCGCCCCCGACCGCCACAAACCUGACGAUCGUCAAGCGGCGGUCGCCCUCCCCUACCCCUGUGGCCACGCCGACGCCCUCCCUUUCCUCCUCCCCUCCAACCUUCGGCGUGCCUGUGUUUGCCCUCCACUCCAAGGGUUCCUUUUACAUCCCCCUGACAAUUGACAGUGACAUGCUGGCGCCCUACAUGAAGGCCUUCAGCGAGCACGGCCAGGUGCUGCACCCGGUCACCAUCUCAGUCAACUUUUGUGGAUUGGCGACCGGGGUUGGCGUGCCUGCUCCUCAGCAGCAGGCAGCCCCCAUGGUUCCCUGGAGGGGUGAACACCCCGGUUUUGUGCCCAAGUGGUCCGUGUGUGACCGGGCAUGACCUGGAGUCAACUAUGUUUCUUAUUUUAAUUUGACAACUAUUGGCUGUGAUUUGUGAGUGAACACUUAUUGAGCAAAUUUUUGCACUUGAGAGGCAGUUACAAACCUCGCGGGCAAUUUUUUAAUUUUAAAAUAAUUUUUUUUUAAUAUUUCUUUUAUUACGUUUCUGCAGUAUUGGUCAGUGGUAGAGAGGGUUGAUUUUUGUAUAACGAAUGCCACUGAUUAAAACACAAUUCUACGGAAGGCACAUGUGCUUUUUCUUAUACAUGUUUUAAUUUUCUUUGUAACCUUUGUCUUCAGUUGCAGAUUUUUAUCGUGUAUUAUAUUAAACUCAAAACGUUAAAUAUAAAUUAUAGCUCAGCUAUAAAAAUUGUUUCGCUAUGUGCCCUUCACGGGAACAUUAAAUAUUUAACAACAAAAAAUGUGUAGGCAUAAAAAAAUGUAUUUUAAGUUUAACAUAUUUAAAGGACAAAGAGAUAGGAAGGAAAAAAUAAAAAACGAAAUUUUUCUUGCAAAUAGAAA